UGAGAGGCAGCACCGCGUGACGAGACGCCGGCGCUCCCACAACAGGAAGAAGGAGAAGAAGGAGAAGGUGAGGAAGAGGAGGAGGAAGAAGAAGACGUGUGACCAUGGCUCUGGGGGACUGUUGGAAACAGCUGUCCUGGUUUUAUUACCAGUAUCUGCUGGUGACCGCGCUCUACAUGCUGGAGCCCUGGGAGCGGACGGUGUUCAACUCCCUGCUCGUCUCCGUGGCCGGCAUGGCUGUUUACACCGGCUACGUCUUCAUGCCUCAGCACAUCAUGGCCAUCCUGCACUACUUCGAGGUCAUCCAAUGACACGAUGACUCGUCCAUCCACCCGCUGGUCCCCGUCUGUCUCUGGCUUCCUGUCCGUCCAUCUGUCUGCCUGCGUGACUGCCUGUCUGUCUCUCCUGGGUGUGAGGUGGGGAUCGACUCUCCUCCUUUCCAAAGCUUAUUUAAUAUCAUAGGUCAACUCUGUGGACGUCGUGCUGGCGGCCACACCGGACGGCGUUGUCCUCCGGGACGGUUUCUCCUUCACUCGUCUGAAAGACUCUGAUUGUGAACAGUGUUGGGUUUGGAGUCAGGCCAUGGACGACCGAGCUGAGAUUUGAUUCAUGUGUUUUUUCUUUUUAAUCCCUGGAAUCAAGCGCACCUUACAGUUUUGAAAAUGUUAUUACAUGGAGGUGACUGGACUAUUAUAUUUUUAUUCCCUCAAGAUAUCAGAGUGUUGUUGUCUGAAGAGUUUAAUUCAGGAGCAGGAAACCAAAGCGGCUGAUGGAGAAAAUCAUUUUUCUUUUUGUUUUGAGCUAAAGCUGCUGAUCUGUGAUCCUGGUGGUUUCGACCCAGUGGACAGUAACUGCUGGGAACCAUCAUCCUCCAGCUGUUUCCGUUCCCCAGCAUCGUUCUCAAAGACGGGGACUUCCUGUAGAAACUAAGUCAUUUGUAUUGUUGGCUACUCGCUCAGUUUAUAAUGAUUCCACAGUUUUCUUCAGCACAAAUGUGACCAACGUCUGAAUCAGUGAGUUUCUUUUAUUUUUCUUCUGUGAUUUUGAAAAUGUAAAUUGUUUGAAGCCAAGUUCCCGUUUCAAAGACCUGAACUGGACGUCGCCUUAAAAACAGCCUUAAAAAAUCUUAAAUACAUAGAGUGAGGUCUAAUGUUCAUUAAACGCUACUUGUGUAACACUUAAAAAUGAAUUUUUAAAAGAAAUAUUUUGACACCAUGUAAAGUUUA